AUUGAGCAUAGCUAUAUGAGCAAUUGCAGUAAAGCCAUUAACUUUCAGACAACAGCAAGAGCCAAACCUGAGCAACUUGUUGUCACUAAGCUGAACAGAGACAUAAUCAAAAUCACAUGGUUGAAGGCUGAAGCUGUUGAAGAUUGUCCAGUGCUGCAGUAUAUGGUUGAGUAUAAAGAAGCAGGACUGGAGGGCUGGUCAUCAGUACACACAGAAGGACCUGAGUGUAAAUAUACUUUAACUGUACCUCACAGCACCUGCUAUAGAGUCAGAGUUUCUGCUGUCUAUGGAGAAGGAGACAUCAGCAAACCUAGUGAGGAGACACCAGUACCAGUGGAUGUCUGGAGCAUAGAUCUCUCAGAGAGAAAGAGCUCCAUCCUCCUAGAAGUGCUGAAACUCCAAACAGAGAAGAAACCAGUAGAGCUGAUAGACUGGACAGAUGAAGAGAGUGAAGUGAAGGGAUUCCUGCAGUGUCUGCCCUACAUCUCACAGCUGAGAUUUUCCGUACCACACAAUAAAACAGCUGAAUCAUGGGACAAAAGAAAUAGAUUAUUUAUACUGGAUCUGUGUCUGCAAGCUGCGCUCCAUCAGAAAGAGACAAUAGAAGAAACUGUGAAGAAACUGCUAUCAUCUGUGAAUUAUGAGAAAUCUGAUUUCCUGCUGGAUCUGUGUUCACAUGUGAAGGACCAUGAGACUCAAACAGGCAGUGUCCUUCCAGCAUUACAGCCAAUUUAUCAGUCAGCUCCUGCAGUCUGGAGAAUAAAGCUCUCAGAGAGAAAGAGCUCCAUCCUCCUAGAAGUGCUGAAACUCCAAACAGAGAAGAAACCAGUAGAGCUGAGAGACUGGACAGAUGAAGAGAAUGAAGUGAAGGGAUUCCUGCAGUGUCUGCCCUACAUCUCACAGCUGAGAUUUUGUAAAGACACAUUGGAUGAAGAAGAUGAAAACUCAGCAUUCACGUUUCUGGAGAAUCUGAGUGCUGCAGCUACAGAGAAGAACAACACUGAAGUACUGGCAUCUGUGAUCAGCUACACGUCUUUCCCCUAUGAUGAAGAUCAUUUUGAUUAUUUUGAUUAUUCAUAUAUGUAUAAGGUUAAACAGUCGAAUUUCCUGUUGUAUCUGUACUCCCAUAUGAGGGACUAUGAGACUCAAACAGGCAGGAGUGUCCUUCCAGCAUUACAGUCAAUUUAUCAGUCAGCUCCUGCAGUCUGUAGAAUAAAGCUCUCAGAGAGAAAGAGCUCCAUCCUCCUAGAAGUGCUGAAACUCCAAACAGAGAAGAAACCAGUAGAGCUGAGAUACUGGACAGAUGAAGAGAGUGAAGUGAAGGGAUUCCUGCAGUGUCUGCCCUACAUCUCUGAAUUGAGAAAUGCAGAGCGGUUCAUCCCAUCUCUGUGUAAAGUGUUUGGGUCCAGAGUGAAGGCAGAUCAGGUGACUCCUCUACUCCAGGCUUUGGACUUCACAGUCACACCGAGUGGAAAAUUACCCAGCAGCACCUGCAGAUCUGUGGGCAGAGUGCUGGGUCUUUCACCCUCAAAACUAAACCUGACUCUAAAGCCACAAGCCAUUUCUGUCAGAGGAACCAGACUGCUCUUCAAACACAUCAAACACCUGCAGAAGCUGAGUUUGGAAGACAAAAUGUUAGUAAAAAUGGUCAGAACACUGAGAUCUUUUGAUGGACCUUUCCCUGUGACCACUGAGGAACUUUCACUGGUCACAAAAGAAUCAAAGCAGAAUCUCUCUCAUAUCCUGAGAAGAUUGACGUCUCUCCUGAGACUGCUGUCUGUCCAGUGUUUGGAUCUUACUGAGUGUAAAUCUGAGUCUCUGUCUCUCACACCACUGUUGGGUCUCCAAGAACCCUUGACUAUAAGGCUCUCUAAAGAAACUCUUCAGCAGCUGGUUUCAGUGGUGUAUGAAGCACAGGAUGAUGAACUGACACGCUGCUUUCUGAAGAAAGUGUCUAAAGAUCUGACUUCCUGUUCACUGACCUGGGAAGUGAUUCAUUACCUGCUGCAACAUCAAGCUCUAAAUUUGAAGUUGAACUUUAUAAAGAGCAAAAUCUCUUGUGAAAACAUCAGAGAACUUCUACCACUAUUAGACAGAAUCCAGCUGAAACGGUUGAGCCCCAGCUUUACUCUGUCCAUCAUUAUGGAGAUUUAUGAGACUCAUUUUCCUCAGUAUGUGUCCAGUCUGAUGAGUUCUGUGAAGAAUUACAUCAACCUGAAUGGCCGAGUGUUGGACUCUGUUCACUGUGCUGCUCUGCGCUUCACUCUGCAGCACUGCAACACUGUCAAACUCAAUCUGCUCUGGACCUCCAUACCAGCGGAAGAGCUAGAGAGCUUUCUGCCUUUACUCAGGAGAGUCACACAUCUCAGUGUUGACAGGCUGCUGUUGCUGAAGCUGCUUCAUUGCUGCAGUUCCUCUGAUCUCCAGCAGGAGGCAGCAGAUGUUCUUCUCUCUGCUCUUCACCACAGACUGGACUUCUCCUGCUGCUCUGCUCUGGAUUUAACAGACACAGAGGAGAACCAGGAGCAUUUGAAACUAACUGAAAAAGACUGUAGUAUAAUCUCAUCUGUGCUUCAGAAAACUCAAAGCAUCGUGAAGUUGAUCUUACAGGACUGUGAGCUCUCUGAGGAGGCCCUGAAACAACUUUGGCCAAUCCUGCCUAAAGUCCAGCUGAGUUGUAGUAAAGCUCUGCUGCUGCAGUUUCUGGCUUGUGUUAGUAAAGAUGGAUCUCAGAGAGGCUCUUUGAGGAGGACUGAGGCUCUUUCACAGGCUUUAGGAGGAGAGAUGGACCUCAGUGACACUCAGAUGGACCCGAGAGCUUGUGAACAGCUGGCGUUGUUUCUGGAAUAUUCUGAAGGACUGACAGAACUGGAUCUCAGUCACUGCAAACUCACAGAGCUCUGCGUGGAGCCGCUGCUGCCACAUCUGCACAAAACCCAGACUCUGGACCUGAGUCACAAUAAUAUCACAGAUGAAUCAGCAAAGAGAAUCCACAGUGUUGUCUGCACUCACAGCAAUCUUCAGACUGUACGACUCUUCGGAAACAAAAUCUGUGAAAGAAAGCAAUUCACCAGAGACAAGCGAUUUGAAAUAUGGUGAAGAUCCUGGGCCAGAACCGUACUGAUUUAACAUUAGGAGGGUAUUCAGUAUAAGGCUUGACUCAUGAUGAAACAAACUUUGCAAAGCACUUAACAGUGUUCUGUGUAGAAAUUUAUUUUUAUGAUUAACAAUAAUAGCUUUAUAUUUGAACCAGAUUUAUUUAAAUGAAAUGUUUAUUACAAAGCUAUGAUGAUGUAUAUUUUACAUUGUGUUAGGCAAGAGUUAUGUUAUAGAUAUGUAGCACUAUAGGAGGUUUUGAUCUGCCUUCACUGGCUACCGUUCACCGCUCACAUCAAGUUCAAGACUUUGGAUGCUGACUGGAACAAAUAUUUCUGUUUCAUAUUCUUCUAGACAAUGUUUAGAGCUUCUAGACAAUGUUUUAUACUUCGUAUUGUUAGCACUACAUUGAUCCUCAGGAUAAAUAUAUUUGUUAUACUCCUGAAUUUUAAUUUGCCUUGGGUAAAAGCAUCAGCUAAAUGAAUGAAUACUCCAGUAGUCAGCCUCUUUUAAUACAUGUAAUCGAGCUGUAAGAAAGAUGUGGAUUUUAUUAUUAUAAUGGUUAAGAUUUUCAUACUUUCUCUUUAUUUCUUUAUGUAUUUUUUUUCUCGAAGCCGUUUGCAUUUAUAAGGUUUUCAUGAUUACACCGCUUUGAAGCAAUUUUACAUAUCCUUUAACCGUUA